CAACUCUCAUCGGCGUUAGUGGCAAAUAUGGAGGGCUUCUGCAUCAAGUGCCACAUUGUCAUUCCACAGAUCCAGGGAGAAUACUGUUUCAAAUGCGGGACUAGACUCUUCGUUCGGCCUUCGGAGAGCCAGAUCGGUUUCGCUACCGAUCUCGUGGUAGGGACUCCUGCUACCGUGGAUGUCGGACCUCCCAGUGGUGAAGACUCCACAGACUUCCCACGCGCCGCUGAGACGCGCGGCGUCCUCCCUUUCCUUGAACCCAAGUCGACCGACGGCACCAAUUAUCCUCCUCUUCAAAGUCAACUGAGCGGAGCUGGGGACGAGGACACAAUUCUUGUUCGUCGUCGAACCAUCCCGGACCGCAUCCAACCAGACAUCGAUUCGGGACUACGCGUACAGAGUACACAAGGCAUUGGAUUACAAGAGCUAGGACGAAUCGACCGCCACAAUUUGGAACAAUCCUAUGCUGAACAGCCUCCGAAAGGAGAAGCAGUCAACCGAAGCACCUUUCCGUCGUAUAGUUUUGUCAACCGGAUCCCUCGUUCGAGGGAUGCUCGUUCUCGAUCGCCAGCAAGACUAGGAAGUGAAGAGCUCGGCAGCCGACAUAGAGACCAUCGACAUUCCUCCACAUCGCUGUAUUCAGACAGCAGGGCCCGCGGCUCUCCCACCCCGGUGACCAGUUUGGAAGAACUUAGUUUAGAUGAGACCAUCACGCCGGCACGAUUGACACACAUGAAAAGAGCCAUCUCAAACCUGAAAACGAGCAAGUUCUCCGAGAACUUCAGAAAACCGGUAGACUAUGUGGCGCUCAGCCUGCCAUCCUAUCCGAAGAUCAUAAAAACCCCGAUUGACCUGGAAACAAUCGAUCGGAAGUUGAAGGACAAGCGGUACACCAUGCUUUCCGAAUUCGUCGCCGAUUUCGGCUUGAUCGUCGACAACUGCGCCCGAUUCAACGGACCAGAGCAUAGCAUUACGCAAAUAGGCAGGAAGAUGCAGAUGGGUUUCCGAAACCAGAUGCGAAAACUCCCGCCAGCUACAACUCACUGAGUUGUAAAGCGAGGAGUGAGAAUUGGAUAAGCAAGGCAAAUUCAGGAAGAAGUGGAGAAAGGACUACCAAAGGAGAUUCUUGGGAUGAGAUGAAUCAGGUGGAUUUGUCUGUCCAGUUGAGAAACCACAGUGGCCCAUUGCUGGACAAUGGACACAAAGAUGGGCAGACCACACAUAAAAACGUGAGGAGGGCUGGGAUCUUCUCGUUGAUAAUACAUGUGAUAUCCACGUGGCCAUCUCCGAGCGAUUGAAUGGGACGCAUGGAGCUUUGGCGUAUCCAGCGCUUGAAGGUCAACCCUGGUGCAGACAGAGGCGAAAACGUUG